GGGAGGAGGAGGAGAAGGGAAGAACGUGAGAGAGGGCGGGGUGGGGGUAAACAGCCCUGCAAAGCUCGCUGGAUUUUGUUUUAAAUCCCCAGCCCGGUCUCUCUCUCUCUCUCUCUCUCUCUUUUUUCCCCAUACAAUCUGGUCGAAGAUGGCGGCUACGAACGGUGCAGGCAAUAAACCAAGCCCCAGUGUGUCCAAAACACCGCUGGAGCUGGAUUUUAGGUCUGGCGCUAAGAUCGAGGAGUUGAACAAACUGAUCCAGGAAUUCAGCAGACAAGAUCAGCGGGAAUACGACGAUCACCGAGCCCUUGAAAUCCACACAGCCAAGGAUUUUAUCUUCUCCAUGCUGGGCAUGGUACAGAAACUGGACCAAAAGCUCCCUGUUGCCAAUGAGUAUCUCCUCCUCUCUGGUGGUGUGCGUGAAGGUGUAGUGGACAUAAACCUCGAGGAACUUGGCCUCUACGUUCGGGGAACAGAUUACGACAUGGACUUCACUCUCCUGGUGCCAGCCCUCAAACUACACGAUCGGAACCAGCCAGUCACCCUGGACAUGCGUCACUCUGCCCUCUGCCACUCCUGGCUCAGCCUGCGGCUCUUCGACGAAGGCACCAUCAACAAGUGGAAGGACUGCUGCACUGUGGUGGACCAUGUGAGCGGGGGAGCCAACUACUUCUUCUCGCCCACCCGGGUGGCGGACUGGUUCUACGAGGCCAUUUCUGUCGUGCUCGCCGAGAUCCUGAAGAAGCCCCAGCGCGGGAUGCCCAAGGUCGAGAAGGUGGAGAAGAACCACACGGUGAUCUCUGUUAUCCUGGCCGUGGGGUCCAGCCGCACGCUCUACGACAUCAUUCCCGUGGUCUCCUUCAAGGGGUGGCCUGCCGUGGCCCAGAGCUGGCUGAUGGAGAACCACUUCUGGGAUGGCAAGAUAACAGAAGAGGAGGUGAUCAGUGGCUUCUACCUGGUGCCAGCUGCUUCCCUUAACGGAAGGAAGGAGAAUGAGUGGAGGCUUUCCUUUGCUCGCAGUGAGGUCCAGUUGAAGAAAUGCAUAUCCAGCAGCCUCAUGCAGGCCUACCAAGCGUGCAAGGCUGUGAUAAUGAAGCUCCUGUUCAAACCCAAAGCCAUCAGUCCUUAUCACCUGCGGAGUAUGAUGCUCUGGGCUUGUGAUCGUCUUCCGUCAGCAUUCCUGGCUCGGGAAGACUGCGCGGCCGGAUUCCUGCUGGGACUGAUCGAUGACCUUCAGCACUGCCUGGUCAACCGGCUGUGCCCCAACUACUUCAUCCCCCAAUGCAACAUGUUCGAGCACCUCUCUGACGAGGCCGCCCUCCUCCACGCCCGCAGGCUCUCCUCAGUGCGAUCGGACCCUGCCGAGCACCUGCGGACGGCCAUCGAGCACGUCAAGGCCGCCAACCGCCUGACGCAUGACACCCCACGGAGGGGCAGCGGCUCCGGCACGCCUUCCCCGUCCUCGGACAACGGCUGCGGAGAGGGCCGGCAGCAGGAUGACCGGCUGGCCAAGAAGUUGCAGCAGUUGGUGACAGAGAACCCUGGCAAGUCCAUCUCAGUCUUCAUCAACCCCGACGACGUCACCAGGCCCCACUUCCGAAUAGACGACAAAUUCUUUUGAGAUAACGACUGGAAGAGGAAUGGAGUGUUGCAACAAGUCUCUGAUCCUUGCAGGGACCAAAACACUGUAGGGCCAUAUAAAGCAGUGUCUAAUGCACAAAUCUGGGGCACUGCUACCACAGGCAAACUGCAGAGUCCCGGACAAUCUGGGAAGGUUUAAAUGCAAUGUUUGUUUCCUCGGACUGAUGCAACAGUUGUCAUUUCUGAUGCGCUGUUCAGUAUAAAUUCUGUUCUGUAGGCAAUCGCUCUUAGACUGGAAAUCCCUGUGGCAAAUGAGGGCAACUCUACUGCAACUUGAGACUGGGGUGAUUUAAAGGGACCAGGGAUGUAGUAGUGUUCCCUUAGGAAGGGCUGCUGUUUGGAAUUCCAGAGCAGGGACAUUUGACCUUGAAUUCUAUGGGUUUUCUUGGCAUCUGGUUGGAGGUUCUACACCAAGUGUGUCUCUAAAUCCUCAGAUUGUCCCCUCUUGAAGGUCCUUGCCCUAACUCAUCUGGGUGUUCCACUGGGCUGAUUUAGAAUGUUCUCAACCCACCAAGUUGGGACCAAAUGGUCAAUACGCUUGAAUUAGCUACAGUUUGCCUCCAUUGCAAUGGGGCAGUGAAGGGUGUGAGAGUAGAAUAAGAUCCCUCCUGGUCAUCCAGUGACUUCCCUCUGCAAGUGAAUGGGUUUGUGGUCAAGCAUCUGAAGAAGGGCAAAUGAACACAGGUUUGCAUUGGGCUGUUGUGCCAUCUGAAUUUGAGCAUGGUGCUGGUCAGUCCUACAGCAGAGGAUCUGGGUGAGGGGUGGCCAUGCAUUCAUUGUGGGUGAGCAUAGCCCUGCUGUAUUUGGUUUAGCUACCCUGGGUGGUCUUGCUUUGCAGUCUGGUAUUAUUGGUGAGCUGAGGUGCCACCAACAGAAAAGGCAUUUCUGCUAACUGGUCCACACAGAUCUUCUAGAUCAGAAUAUGGAUUAAAAAGAGCCAGGUGUGUUUUUUCAUGGGUGUUUUUUUUGUGUGUAAAUUUAGGAUCAAGAAGUUUAUUCACUCAGUGUCCUGUCCAACACCUUGUUCUCAACCUCAACAUUUGUACAUCUUGCUGCAGAAAUUGAGUUGGGGCAUAAAAUGGGGCUGUUGGACCAAAAAAGCAGCUAUAAAGUUAUUCCCACUUCAAAUCUUGGCCUGUAGGUGUGACUUGUGCUCAUCCAGGUGUGUUUUUAAACUUUUGCUUGUUUUAAGGCCGUGUUCCAUUAAUUUCAACCUGCAGUGUGAGGUUUUGGGUGGUGAAACAUCCCUUGGUCUUGAGUUUCCAUUGCUUUUAAUCCAGCUACUGCAAGUGCAUUCUAAGAAUUUGAUUAUAAGCUCAGGUGUCUUCAUUAGUAGCUCUAAAUGAACUCUCCCUUGGUCUGAUCCUUCCUGAUGGUUUGGGGUUAUAAUUCUCUUUACUGAAGUGUCACAUCAACAAAACUCUCUCUCAUUUAAGAGCAAAAUCCAGGUACUGUCUUUGGUCUUGAAACAAUUGUGAUUGGAUAUCUUUUAGUUUAUCAUCUUGCUCAUUCUGGAGUUUUAUAAGCCAACAGAUAUUUGGCAAGUUUCAUUAUUGAGCCACAACACUUAUCAGAAGUACUGGAACUUGGGAAUAAUGCAUUUAAAACUUGGCCAUCAAAGUUCAUCCAAUUAUUUAAUAUUGCCUCAAUUCAAACAGUUUAAGGUAACCCAUUUAUUGAACUAGUGUCUCCAGGUUCACAAAUAUUUUCCAACCCACAUCUCAUCUCCGACAACAAGUGGGAGCAAGAGCAGGUUGUCAAGACUUGACCACAGUACCGGUUCCACCAUUCAAUAAACCAUAGGUGAUUCCACAUCCU